AUGUGCCACUUCGCAUACCGGACUCGAGUGAAGGAUGUCAGCCUACGGCAGGUCCAACAGGUCUUCGACAGCGGCUUCUUCGACCAGAGACAAGAGAAGACAGUGUCGCAAGAAGAUCAGCAGUUCAUCAAGAUGAUGACCAGCGGCAUGCACCAAGUGGAAGGAGGCCACUACGAAGCGCCUCUUCCGAUGAAGGACGAGAAGACAAUGCCAGACAACAGGGAUCUCGCGGUCGCCAGACUGUCUCAGCUCAAGAGGAGGCUCCUUCGAGACGAGAAGCUGCGCGACGAGUACACAGCUUUCAUGAGCGAUCUUCUCUUGAAGGGAUACGCUGAGCCGGUUCCGGACGACGGACAGAUGAAAACGGGCAUGAUCAACUAUGUGCCACAUCACGGAGUCUACCACGAGAAGAAGGGCAAGUUGAGAGUUGUGUUUGACUGCAGCGCGAUGUGCAAGAACGACUGCCUGAAUAGCCACCUCCUCCAGGGCCCAGACGUCAACAACGACCUCACUGGCAUCUUGGUGCGGUUCAGAGAGGCCCCCGUGGCAUUCAGUGGCGACAUCGAGGGCAUGUUCCACCAAGUGCGCGUCAACCCAGAGCAUCGUGACCUUCUCCGGUUUCUCUGGUGGGACAACGGAGACCUCAACGAACAGCCUCGAGAGUACCGCAUGUGCACUCACCUCUUCGGAGCCACCAGUUCUCCAGCGGUCGCUUUGUUUGCUCUGAAGAAGACGGCCGCCACGUACGGAGAGGAGUUCUCGCCCGAGGCCGCGUCCUUUGUGGAGCGGAACUUCUACAUCGACGAUGGAGUGGCUUCAACGAAGACUACGGAAGAGGCGGUGCAACUGAUACAAGACGCGGCUGGUCUCUGCCUGAAGGGGGGUUUCAAACUCCACAAGUUUACCUCGAACGACAGGGACGUCUUGAAGGCACUACCUGUGUACAGCUUGUCCAAGAGCUGUCAAGCUGCGCUGGACGAGGAGCUGCCUCUCCCGCGUGAACGCGUCCUGGGACUGAACUGGGACAUGGAGGACGACACGCUCUGCAUCGACGUGACCCUGCCCUGCAAGCCGGCAACCAGAAGGGGCAUAUUGUCAUCCGUGAGUACGAUCUACGAUCCUCUCGGGCUCAUCUCUCCGUGCAUUCUUGCGGCCAAGAACAUCCUGAAACGGUUGUGCGUGGACAAGUACAGCUGGGACGACUUGAUUCCGGAGGACAUGGAGCGAGAAUGGCGUCUCUGGAAAGAAGACAUAGAGCUCCUGUCCACACUGAAGAUCCCACGCUGCUACGUCACGACGGAACUCGGUGAAGUUGAGAGAUAUGAGGUCCACCACUUCUCGGACGCGAGCUACGAUGGAUGUGGGCAGUGCUCGUACCUCAGGACCAUCCACAAGAACGACAAGAUCACCAGCAUGUUGAUAAUGUCAAAGGCCAGAGUCACGCCUGUCAGAGCCGUGACGAUCCCGCGACUGGAGCUGGUGGGCGCCCUGAUGUCGGCGAAGGUGAGCUCUUUCCUCAGGAACGAGCUGGCGAUUGGCGACUACCAGGAGUACUACUGGACUGACAGCCGUGCCGUGCUCGGCUACAUACGGAACGAGACGAAGAGGUUCCACGUCUUCGUCGCCAACAGGGUCGAAGACAUCAGGCAGCUCUCGGAACCGUCACAGUGGCGCUACAUCGAUUCGAAGAGUAACCCAGCGGAUCUUGCGUCCCGGGGAGCAAGCGCCAGCGAGCUGCUGACCAGCAGUCUGUGGUGGCAUGGCCCAUCCCUACUAACAGCGAGCAUUGAACUCCCAGCCAUGGAAGAAGAGUUCAACGUACAGAGCGACGACCCUGAAGUGAAGCGAGCUUCCUUCCAAGCCGCCAUCUCGAAGCCACCAGAAGACGAGAAGAAGCUUCCAACCGACGGGCGACAGAGAGACCAGGGCGGCGACACAGAAGAAGAUCGACAAGACGUUGCCGAAUUAGACGAUCAGCACGAUGAGCGAUCACCGGCAGGACCCGUGCGAGGACGCGACCGACUACAGGGAAAUGAAGACAACACACUCGCGAAGCGCCUGAGCUACUUUUCGAGCUGGCACAGGGCGAAGAAAGCUGUGGCUUCGUGUCGACGCUACACGGCCAUCCUGGCAAGUAAAGCAAGCUCGAACAGAAGUGUGGCCGGCGCAAGAGUCUACACCCCAGUGGAGAGAAUGACAGUGGAUGAGCUGCUUCAAGCUGAGCAAGUGAUUUUGAAGUCAGUCCAGAAGAGCGCCUUCGAAGAAGAGCUCACAGUGCUGAGGACGCAGCAAGAGAACAGAGAUGACGAAGAACAUGCAGACCUGGGAGAGGGAACCAAGAAACGCAGAAGAAAGAGUGACAGAAGGUGUCGGACUGUGAAGCGCAGUAGCCCGCUGUACAAGCUGGAUCCCUUCCUCCGAGCUGACGGGCUAAUCUGCGUCGGAGGACGAAUGAAGAACAGCACUCUGCCGAAGGAAGAGGUCCAUCCAGUGAUACUUCCGAGGAAGAGCCACGUGACGGAACUCAUCGUGCGAGAGUGUCACGAAAGGACGUGUCAUGGCGGUCGCGGCUCGACGCUGAACGAGCUCCGCGCCUCUGGGUAUUGGGUGAUUGGUGGCCGUUCCGCAGUGAGCAGUUACAUCUUCGACUGCGUCAAGUGCAAGAGACUCCGCGGAAGUCCGCUGACACAGAAGAUGGCCGACCUGCCACCGGAGAGAACGGAGCCAGCCGAACCCUUCAGCCACUGUGCAGUCGACUGUUUCGGGCCUUUCUACGUGAAAGAGAAAAGAAGUGAGGUCAAGCGCUGGGGAAUACUCUUCAGCUGUCUGGCGUCCCGCUCCAUCCAUCUAGAAUCGGUCAACUCACUCUCUGCCGACUCUUUCCUGAACGCUGUCAGGCGGUUUGCUUGUCGGAGAGGACCCAUUCGCAAGCUGUUCUGUGACAAUGGGACGAAUUUCGUGGGAGGAAAGAACAUGCUAGAGGGGGCGCUGAAGGAGGAGGAUCAUGUCAAGAUCAGAGGAGAGCUGCUCAAGAAGGACUGCGACUGGUUCGAGUUCCGGUUCAACGUUCCGAUGGCAAGUUCCAUGGGAGGGGCUUGGGAGCGUAUGAUCAGGAGCGUGAGGUCGGCGCUGACUCCGCUGAUCAUGGCUCAUGGCCACACACUGGACGACGAGCUGUUCCGGACGUUGCUGACAGAGUGUGAAGCGAUCGUCAACAGCCGUCCGAUCUCGUACUUCAGCGGAGCGCCGGACGAUACUCUCCUCCCCCUGAGCCCGAACCAGAUACUAACACUAAAGAGUAGAGUAGCCGUGCCUUAUCCCGGUAGCUUCUCCCAGACCGACCUGUACGUGCGUCAGCGCUGGAGGCGUGUCCAGUUUCUGGCGGACCAGUUCUGGCGACGAUGGAGGCGUGAGUUCCUGCCGACCCUGCAGGAACGCCACAAGUGGGCGCAACGUCGCCGUAACCUGCAGCCCGGAGACGUCGUGGCCGUCGUCGACGACGACGAGCCGCGCUCACGGUGGCCGCUCGGCCGCAUCGUGUGUGUGUACCCGAGCGCCGAUGGACUGAUCCGCAAAGUGUGCGUGCGAAUCGGUUCCAGUGACUACGACCGGCCGGUGAAUCGCCUGAUUCUCCUGCUGCACGACCGGGAAGAUUCCCAGACGGGGAGCCACGAGGCCCAGUGA